UCAAGGCUAAAACCCCAAUUCGAUCUCACAAUUUGAUCAUACCAAAAAAGGAUAAAUUUUUGUUUCCUCUGGUUUAUUAGAAAUUAGAAUUUAAUGGAAGAAAUUAUGAUCCAUAGCGAGUUAGACAAGGAAGAGAAAGGAGGAGGGGAGGAAGCUCAGCUUAGAUUUCAGAUUCUCAGAGAUAGAUAUGACAAACAAGGGGAAUUAUAAAAGGAACAAGACGAAGAGGGCAAAAUUAAUGAAAGACAAGGCAAGGGGUUUGCAUCCACUUAGGAGGUGUGAAAGUUCUCAUUCUUCUGCACGUGAUAACCGUCGUCAGAGAUCAAGGUCUCCUCGAUCUUGCAGUGGCCUUGUGACUCCAAUUUCUACCAUUGUGGUGAAGGGCUUGCCAAAAGAGGCAACAGAGGAAAUGAUUUAUCGGAUCCUAGCAGAGUGGAGGCCCCUUCCCAAUAUCCGAGUGAUGCCGAAAAAGAAUACUACUUUCUGCCGUGGAAUCGCAUUCGUUGAUUUUCCGUCUGUGGUAGCGGCUCGGAAAUUGAUGGAUGAAAUUGGAGACCGCGGCCUCGAUGUCAAUGGGCGUAAGCUGUCUUUUGAUUACAGACUAGGUAAAUCAGAAUUGGCUAACGAAGUUCCGAUUGUAAAUGCUGGAAUCGGUGAAUCAGAAGUGGCCGGAGAACACGAAGAUGAAAAUGAUAGUGAAGAUGAUGAAGAAGAUUGUGAUUAUGUAGAUGAAGUGGCAUCGAAAAGGCUACCAGAUUCUUGGGACCCUGAAGAAAUACAUAUGCUAAGGGAAGCCUUUCAUUAUCUUGUAAAAGAUGGUAAGAAGAAACCAUGGAAGGAAAUGUUGGAAUAUGGACAUGAUGUCUUCCAUGCUGGUCGUACCAACGAGGAUCUAAGGUCAAAGUGGAAGUAUAUGGUGAAUCACGGCCAAUGGAAGGACGUUUUUUUUUGUUUUUUUCCUCAUUUAAAUGGAAUCUAAUCUAAACGACAGAAUCGGCACAGCGGUCGUCUUCUUUUGGCUUUGGAGGAAGAUGGGUGGAUUAAAGUAUUUUGAAACUUUUUGCUUAAUAGCCUGUCUGCAUGGUCUUGUAAAUUUGUGAAAGGAACCGAAAACAAAUGGGCUGUCCAGAAAUUUUGUAUGUAACAACUUGUUUUUGUAAUCCUCCACAGGUGUUAUAACUUAUUAAGCUAUAUCCUCCUCUGUAAUGACCUGCUUUUGUAAUCCUUCUCCUCCCCGGUAUAUAAUGCACA